AUGACUGAACCGCUCAUUCUGCCUAUCGCCAAACAGGGCGAAACCAUCCUGCAACAAGUCGCGCAAGCCGUGGCGGACGUACACGACCCCGCCAUUCAAACACUCAUUGAUAACAUGCUUGCCACCUUGCUGGCAGCUAACGGGGUGGGGAUUGCCGCGCCGCAAGUCUUUGUUCCUUUGCGCAUUAUUAUCGUGGCAUCACGCCCGAAUCCGCGUUACCCCGAUGCCCCCUUGAUGCAACCGCUUGCCAUGCUUAACCCGGAAGUUUGUUGGCAAUCGACCGACACUUGCACUGGCUGGGAAGGUUGUUUGAGUGUGCCGGAUGCUCGCGCCCCGGUGAAUCGCGCCAACCAAUUGCGGGUUCGCUACCUGACCCGUGAAGGGGAAAGAAUGGAAGCAGACUACGCUGGCUUUGUGGCGCGGAUCAUUCAACACGAAUGUGAUCAUUUGGAUGGCAUCCUAUUCCCUAAGAGGGUGGAGGAUGCCAGUGAAAUCGUC